AGAUCCUGAACAUCUAAAGUUCUGCUUCUAAAAUCCUGCUAAGAUGAAGACGUUCAUGGUUGCACUUGGAGUGGCUGUCGUGCUCACAUUUAUCUGUACUCAGGCGAGCUCUGCUGUCCCAGCCAGUGAGGUCCAUGAGCUGAUGGAGGCAGUGGCUGAUGACGGUCUAGUUGCUGCACAAGAAGAGAUGUCAGUAGAUUCGUGGAAGAUGCCGUAUCACUUCAGACAGAAGCGUGCAGCCAGAAGGAAACGCUGCCGUUUUUGCUGCGAAUGCUGCCCAGGCAUGGUCGGCUGUGGGACAUGCUGCAAGUUCUGA